AUGAAGGCUCUGUCUCUCCUCCUCUUCCUUCUCUCUGUCAUAGGUCUGUUGGUGUUCAGCAACUCUCUGUGCCCAGUGGAAGAAGCCAUCAAUCAGAAGAUGAAGAAUGAAGUCACAUCUCUAACUUUAGAGGCACUCAAGGACAUUGAACUGGAUUGUAAGACCAUCACAUCCAGGGGGACCCUGGCUUCCUGUCCUGCAGGUCACUCUGUCACCGGGUGCGCAGGUGGCUACGGCUGCGGCUCAUGGGAUGUGCGCAACGAGAACAUGUGCCACUGUCAGUGCGAGGGCAUGGACUGGACCACUGCCCGCUGCUGCCGCCUGGGACAUAAAGCUUGA